UCCUCUCAGCAGGAGGAGGAGCAGGAAGGAGGAGCAGGAGUGCCAGCAGCAGCAGCAGCGGGUUGGUGUUCCAGCGGCACGAGGAGAGUCGGAGGAGCGGCAGAGCGAUGCUGAGAGCGCGGCAGGAUGAAUUUCACCUCCUCCUCCUCCUCGUCCCGGACACUUGGAACCUUCCUCCUCCUGCAGCUCCUCCUCGUGCAGCCGUGCCUCCUCCACCCGCAGCCGUGCCACCUCCUGGCUCAGAUCGGACACUCGGUGCGCGUCGGUGCGCUCCUGCCGGCGCAGCGGGCGGCUCGCGUGCAGGUUCAGGCGGCGCUGAGCCGCGCGGCGGCGGCGCUGAGCCGGGACAACUUCCUGCCCUACAACCUGAGCCUGGAGCUCGUGCCCCGGCAGCCGGCCGCCGCGGACCCGGAGUCGCUGUUCCGGUGCUUGUGUCAGGGCGUGGUGGUGCAGGGAGUCACCGCCGUGCUCGCCUUCCCGCAGAGCCGCGAGGAGCUGCUACAGGUGGACUUCAUGGCCUCGUUCCUGGAGAUCCCGUUCAUCAGCGUCAUUGAGCACGAGGAGCCGCUGGACACACAGAACCGGUUCCACCUGCAGAUGGUGACGGGGGUUCCAGAGUCCGGUCUGUCUGAGCUGCUGCUGACGGUGUUGCGGCGCUCUGGUUGGAGGGAGGCCACCGCCGUUUUGUGUCGUGGCUGGGAGGAGGCUCGGGGUCUCCUGCAGCUCCUGGAUGGUCGCAGCGGUGCAUCAUGGGAUGGUGGCGGCGUCACCUGGCACCUGCGCGCUCUGCUGAAUCUGACGCAGUCGGCCCACGAUGACACUCAGAUCCACGACUUCCUGUCCCGGCACUUCCGACAGAAUCAGCCGCCGCCAGCGUCAGUGCUGCUGUUUGGAGCCGACCCACAGUGCGCUGCGGCGGUGCUGCGCAGUGCGCAGGACCUGGGCCUCACCUUACCCAUGAUGCACUGGGUGCUAGGCCAGCCGCUCAGCCCCGAUGCACUGCACGCCAUUGGCCUACCGCUCGGCCUCCUGGCCUACGGAGAGGUGGGGCGCAAACCGCUUGACUUCUACAUCAGAGACGCCCUGCAGCUUGUCGCCAGGGCCGUCGCUGCGGCAACCGUGGUGAGACCAGACCUGGCUCUGAUCCAAAACAUGGUGAACUGCUACGACAAACCCAACAAACAUGAGCUGCCGUCAUCAGGACAGUACCUGUCCAGGUUCCUGUCCAACACGUCUUUCUCUGGUCUGACGGGUCCAGUCCGAGUCCAUCAGAACCGGUCCCGUGUCCUCACCUCUCAGCGUUUCCACAUCUGGAGUCUGCGUCGGGACGCGCUGGGCCAGCCCACCUGGGUGACAGUGGGCAGCUGGGAGGGGGGUCAGCUGCAGGUGGAGGACCAGGGGGUCUGGCAGGGCCCCCGUCCCCGCUAUAGGACGGAGGGGACGGGUGGGAGGACCCGGGGCCGCUGGAGGGCCGGCAUGCCAGUGGCGGGGAGCCGGGUGCGGGUGGUGACUCUGGUGGAGCACCCCUUCGUGUUCACGCGGGACGCGGAUGACGAGGGCAGCUGUCCGGCCGGGCAGUUCUGUCUGGACGCCGGGACCAACAGCUCAGACGCUCUGGAGCGUUUUUUCCAUGAGGUGGCAGGCGGGAACGGCAGCUUCCUGCCCACCGAGUACAGCAAGUGUUGCUAUGGUUACUGCAUCGACCUGCUGGAGAAGCUGGCUGAGGACCUGGGCUUCGAGUUCGACCUUUACAUCGUCGGAGAUGGGAAGUACGGUGCGUGGAAGGGUGGCCGCUGGACGGGGCUGGUGGGGGAUCUGCUGCAGGGCCUGGCCGACAUGGCCGUCACCUCCUUCAGCAUCAACUCCGCUCGCAGCCGUGUCAUCGACUUCACCUCGCCCUUCUUCUCCACCAGUCUGGGCAUUCUGGUGCGCAGCAAGGACACAGCGGCACCCAUCGGUGCCUUCAUGUGGCCAUUGCACUGGUCCAUGUGGGUGGGCAUCUUCCUGGCGCUGCACAUCACGGCGCUCUUCCUCACGCUGUACGAGUGGAAGAGUCCAUUCGGCAUGACGCCUCACGGGCGGAACCGCAUGCGGGUGUUCUCAUACUCGUCAGCGCUCAACCUGUGCUACGCCAUCUUGUUCGGACGCACCGUCUCCUCCAAGACGCCCAAAUGCUGGACGGGUCGCUUCCUGAUGAACCUGUGGGCCAUCUUCUGCCUGCUGGUGCUGUCCAGCUACACGGCCAACCUCGCCGCCGUCAUGGUGGGAGAGAAGUCCUUCGAGGAGGUAACAGGGAUCCACGACGCCAAGCUGCACCACCCCUCCCAGGGUUUUCGUUUCGGGACGGUGCGGGAGAGCAGCGCUGAGGAUUACAUGAAGAAGAGUUUUCCAGAGAUGCACGAAUACAUGAGACGCUUCAACGAGCCGACCACGCCCGAAGGAGUCGCAACCCUCAAGACAGAUCCUCCUCAGCUCGACGCCUUCAUCAUGGAUAAAGCUCUUCUCGAUUAUGAGGUUUCCAUCGACGCUGACUGUAAACUGGCGACUGUCGGGAAGCCGUUCGCCAUCGAAGGGUACGGUAUCGGCCUCCCUCAGAACUCUCCUCUGAGCUCCAACAUCUCAGAGUUCAUCAGCAGGUAUAAAUCAGACGGAUACAUGGACCUGCUGCACGACAAGUGGUACAAAGUGGUUCCCUGUGGGAACCGAGUGUUCGCCGUCACCGAGACUCUUCAGAUGGGGAUCAGUCACUUCUCCGGCCUCUUUGUGUUGUUGUGUGUUGGAGUGGGCGGAGCUUUGCUGACUCUGGCAGGUGAACAUGGUUUCUACCGACUCAUCUUGCCGCACAUCCGCCGCCGACAGAACCUGAAGUACUGGCUGCACACCUCACAGAAAAUCCAUCGAGCUCUGAACAUGACGUAUGAGGACGUGAAGAAGCAGCACGUUGAGAAAGAGAAAAGCUGUAACCUGCAGAAGGCUCAGCCCCCCCCAGGCCCCCCCGGCCCGCCAGCCCCUGGAGCCUCAGCCAAGUGGAACAACGAGACCAGCAAGGAUGCUGCCGCCGCCGCCGCCGCUGCUGCUGCCGCCGCCAAGGAUGGCCGAGACUUCAAACGAGUCCACUUCAACCUGGAGACUCUGAACACCCGCCGCCUGCUUGCACGCAUCGCUGCCUCCGACGCCAAGGCAGGAGGAGCUAAAGGGGAGAAGGAGGAGCCGGCCAAGCCGAAGGCGGGGCCAACGAGUAGACUAUGUGAGAAUGGAGGACCGGCGGCUUCAUUGGCCAGUCUGGUGCUGUCCCUCCCCUCCUCAUCCUCCUCUUCCACCUCCGCCCGCCCCAACUCUUCUGCUCCUCCCCCUGCCAGUGUAGCCCCUCCCCCUGCAGCGGCGGCCCCACCCCCUGUCGCAGUGGCCCCGCCCCAGCCUGGCGAGCUGCAGGAGCUGCAGGAACAGAUCGAACAGAUGAGAGAGAAGCUGAGGAUGGCUCUGGCCAGGAGGGCCGAGAUCCAGACGUCUCUGACCAAACCCGUCGCCACGGUGACAGCGAACAACCCGACUUCUGUUACCACAACAACGACAACGUCAAUGACAGUGACAACAACAUCAACGACAGGAGCCCCGCCCACCGUCACCACGGUAACGCCCCUCCCUGCCAACACAAAGUGCGUGACGACCAUGACGGACCCGCCGCACAAAGUCCUGUCCAAAGUGCGGCCCCUCCCCAGGAGACUGACCAAUGAGAGAAGUGGCUGAUAAUGUUGACUGUUGAAAAUGGCCGCCAUGACAGUGACAGAAGUGCGGGUGGCUUCAGGAGCUUUAGUGAACUCUGGUGGUGCAGAAACAGGACUUCCUGUGAGCCUCAAUGCAGCAGCACGGCAGCUCCGCUCACCAACAGCACGAUACAAACUACAGGAAGUGGAUGCGCAACACCUGAACAAAAACAAGCCGCAGACGUUCAUGUUUGCGGUUCGCAAACGUUGGCGUCAGCGUGCGAAGUAGAGAGUCUAGAGAGGUGGACGGUAAACCCGCUCGCAUGUCCAGUGGAUUUUAGGGACAGAAAAGAUUCAAAUUUACAAAAACACAUCACAGUUACGAACAGAAACGAACCUUUAAAGGACUUUAAUUUCUUUAUUAAGAUGAAAAUUCUGGUGUUCAACACAAAUCUGGAGUUCAUUGAUGGAUUAAUAUAUAAGCUAUAAUCUCCACAGUUUCAGGGUUUUUUUAAAGUUUAAAAAUUAAAAAAAAAAAAAAAAGUCAAAUAACAUGAAGAUGGUCCCUGAAAUUUCACCUUCAUCUAAACAUUAAAGUCCUUUUAAGGUUUAUUUAUCUUCAGUCACAAUGAAAGUGACCCCAUUCACUUUCUACCUUAAAAUCCCAUUAAUUCACAUGUUGUUAAUGAUCUACUUAAAGUAUUUAAUUGGAUGAUUAAUAAAUACAUUAAUGGAUUAUUGUAUGUUGAAGUAUUUUUAUGUCAUGAUUAUGUGAAACACUUAGGAGGUUUUUUCAAGGUUAAAGUUUACCAAACAAAAUAGAAACAUCCCAUUAUUUAUACCUUAAAAGGGCCUUAAAAUGAAGGGAUGAUUUCAUGCUGUUUGGUUCAUUUUAACCAUGUUUAAAAUUUUAAAACCCCUAAAUUCAGGCAAAUUAAAAGGCCUUAAUAUAUUAUAAUCCAUUCAUGUGUCCAUAACUGAACCCCUGACUUUAGUUUUUAAGGCUUUUUGUCUUAAAAUCGAUCUCUCUGACAUUAACCAAACACACAGAUUUUAUAGAAAGUGUAAUUUUAAAAUCUUUGUUCUGAACAGGAAACACAAUGAAGUACUGAAAGCUGCACACUUUGAACCUUACUGCAUUUUUAUCAGCAGGUGUUUGACUUCCUGUUUGUGUUUCUGAUACGAAGCUUCGGCCUGACAAGGUUCGUUUAUUUCUUUAUUUCAGUCAUGCAGACGCUCUGGAGGCUAACUGCAGCUAGCAGCUACAGCUAACAGGCUCAGGGAGCUUCCUGUACCAACAGAGCCACCUGCUGUUUGCACUGAUAACAUUUUAUAUUUACAUUAAACUUCAAACUUAAGGGGACAGUCUGACCUUUAUAUAAAUGCUCUUAUUGUCUGUCAGAGUCUCAUGUUUCAGACGGAGAUCAGUUUCAUCUCUGAGUCCAGGACUAGUUAGCCUAGCUUAGCACAAUGACUGGGAGCAGGGGGAAACUACUAGCCUAGCCUAGCCUAGCUUAGCACAAAAGCUGGAAGGGUGGGAAAAAAAACAACGUAAAAAACUACUUCAGUAUUCAAUCCAAAUUUGGGGUAAAUGGAUUAUAAUGUAUUAAGGGAUUUUAAGGGGUAAAACAUGAAAGCUUUCCCUUAAUGUAAUUAAUGUUCAGGGAUAACUUUCAUUCUAUGUAGUACAUUUAGUACAGUUUUUUAACCAUUAAAAACACCUUGAUCCAUGAAAAUGAAUAAUUAAUUGAUUACAAGCCAUUAAUUUAUCUACUCUGAUGAUUCAGUUUAAUAGUGAAACAUCAUGAAACUUUGUUUUCUCUCUUGAUGGAGCUAGGCUAACAGUUUCCCUCUGCCUGCAGUGUUUAUGCUAAGCUAGGCUAACAGAGAUGAAAGUGAAACAUGUGGACAGAUAAAUGUUGGACUGUUCCUUUAAGGCUCCUGCAGCUGCAGGUGUUACAAACCAGGUGAGAUCUGUUCUUCAUAUGUGGAUUUUCUUUAUCUGAUUGUUGAUGAUUUGACACAAAGUCUGAUGUUUCAGGAUUAUUUAACCCCGUCUGAGGAACAGGUGUUUCAGGUGUUUUCACAGGUAGAAUCAACGUCUUCCUCCUCACCUGUCUGUUUUUGUUUCCUGCGUCACUGAUGAGCUGCGAGGCGUUCGCUGCCCUCACGUUAAAAUCGUUUGUAGGUUUUCUGAUGUUUCUGUUCAUGUUGAUCUGUUAUUUUCUUAAAAAUUAAAAAGGAAGUCA